UCCUAGCGCUCGAUCCGGGAGAGGCUGUGGCUGGGUCGGGGCGCGGAUGCUGGAAGUUCAUAUCCCUUCGGUGGGGCCCGAGGCCGAAGGGCCCAGGCAGAGUCCAGAGAAAGGACACAUGGUGUUCCAAGUGGAGGUGCUGUACAGCGGACGCAGACACACCGUGCCGCGGCGCUACAGCGAGUUCCACGCUCUACACAAGCGGAUCAAGAAACGGUACAAAGUGCCUGACUUUCCUUCGAAACGCCUGCCCAACUGGAGGACCAGAGGAUUGGAACAGCGCCGGCAGGGCUUGGAGACCUAUAUCCAGGGCAUCCUGUACCUGAAUCAGGAUGUACCCAAGGAGUUACUGGAAUUCUUGAGACUUAGACACUUCCCUACAGACUCCAAAGCCAGCAGCUGGAGCACCCUGGGGGAAUUCCUGCCUAGUGACACCAGCUCACAGCUGCAGCACCGGCCAGCCAUUGGCUUCUGUGUGGAUCCGUACAUUUACACCCCGUCACCAGAACCUCUCCCAGAAGUGGUGGUGGACGGUGUGCUCCAGGGUCUCUAUGGCUUCAGCAUCAGCCCGGGCCCAGCCCAGCCAGAGGGUAACGGUCACCCUGCUCUAUCACCGAUGCCCUGACCAGCCCAGGCUUUGGGCCACCUUUCUGGACAGUUAUAUGCCUCAGUCCUAGGAGUUCCAUAUAGGAAGCUGGGUCUUCCUUUGGACUGGGCUCUGUUGUGCAGUCCCCACUCAAAGCUCUGAACUUGGUUUGCACUGACAGCUGUAGCUGGUAGAACUCAAGAACUCAGGGGUCAUGGCAAAGUCAAGAUAAAGAAAAGUGUUUGGUAGUUUCAGAGGUUGGCUGAGAGAAGAUUCGGGUGUAUUUUCUAGCCCAGCCUAACAGGUUAAAGCAGCUUAGGAUGAGGCACAGGCGCUAGCUAGACAACCUGACUGGUGACCAGCGGGAAGGACGCACUAGUACAGGCUUAGGUGGGAACCCAGGGAAGGAGCAUGCAUCCAUCAGCACAGAAGAGUCCCACACUGGGACAAAACUCAGGACAGGUGCUAUAUACACCCCUAAACAGAGCCCACACCUAAGUUAUAAAAAAAACCCACGUCUUUAUUGAUCAGCAUCGGUAGAGUUUUAUAUAAAAAUCAGGCCUGUGGAAUGUGAGGGGUGUGGCCACCCCAUCAGACGGAAGCACUGGGGCCAGAGCGGCACAGAACCUGGUGACUGGCUACCUUCACCUGUGAGGGUGUCCACGGGACCGCACAGAGGGAUCCGCUUAGAGAGAUGAGGUCCGAGGCCCUCUACUCCUUGGCAAUGGCGAAGGGUUUCUCCACUUCAAUCUUGCCGCAGUCUGCAAUGAUCACAUCCUUCAGGGGCUUGUCCCGGCUGUCUGUCUUGGUGCUCUCCACCUUCCGUACCACAUCCUAGAGAAGAAAGGCAGGAGAGGAGAGGUUGGGUGGGGGACAAGAGGCACAUUGCUGGGAGAGAGCCCCAGUGAGGGAUGAACACACAAGCCAAAGGAUUCAAAAGCUCAGGCACUGAGGUGAACUGAGCCAGGGUGAGCACAGAACACGAUGUUGGAUAGCUGGUCCAACACUGCUCACAUGUGAGUCUGAAUCCCUGACUCAAUGAGUGACCAGGGGAGCUUGACAAGGUCUUCUGAAUGGGUUGUCCAGGGCCUAGAAGGACUUAGAACCUGGGCGCAUGGGGAUGCAGGCUAAGUAUCAUGUAUUUUUUCUCCUGAUUGUGGUGCUAGGGAUUAACCUAGGGCCCCAAGCAUUCUAGGUUAAGCACUCUCAUGGAGCCAGCCACACGGACACUCUCAAAUGUGGUCUCAGGUUGUCCAGCCUAGCCUUUGACUCCUGAGUUCAAGUGACCCUCUUGCCUCAGCCUCCUGAAAGGAACAGGAAUGUGCAAGGCACCCAGUCAGGCUGUUUAUUCUUGACACUUUGCCACCCCAUGCCAGGUUAGGAGGAACCGGUGCUGGUCUGUCUGUAUUUGUGGCUUGGGAGCCUUUGGGGAAAAGAUUUUCUGCUUGAAGCCCUUGCCUGUUCCAGCUGGAUCCUUAGUAAAGACUACCAAGGCUUAACCCUCGACUUCUAAACUUACCAUGCCCUCUAGAACUUUGCCGAAAACCACAUGCUUGCCGUCUAGCCAGGAGGUCUUCACUGUAGUUAUGAAGAACUGCGAGCCGUUGGUGUCCUUGCCUGCAUUGGCCAUGCUCACCCAGCCAGGCCCGUAGUGCUUCAGCUUGAAGUUCUCAUCUGGGAAGCGCUCACCAUAGAUGCUCUUUCCUGGGAAGAGACAGCAGGGCAGGGAGGUGGGCUGACCCAAAACAGGCAGGUGCUUGGGCGAGCGAGGAUCUAUACAGGCUUGAGUGGCAGCCUUCCAAGAACAGCCUUCCUAUCUUCUACCCGAGCUAAGACCACCUGGGGUAUGAGGCCAGGCUGAAAGAGAUGCCUUGCCACAUGCAGGAUGCUGGGAGCAUGGGGGUGCGUGGAUGUAGAAUCCUUUAGAAAAGGGCUGCUGUAGUCAACCAGACUACCUUUCCAGGGUUACAAGAUGGGUGCAGCUGCAAUGGGGGUUGGUUUGGAGAGGAAAAAUAGGAAGUAGUAGGCUCCUAUUUGUUUUUUACGAGCCAAGAGCCUCUUACCAAGGAACAUAAAAUAAAAGAUGCUCAUGAAUGUU